UAGUCCUGGAAUCAAGAAGUCAACUGUAAAGCAGGAAAAAGGACUAUCCCAAGAAGCAAUGGUGGAAAGAUUCAUAAAAAAUGGUCUUGGGUAUUCUACAUUAGAAAAACCCUUUGAUUGGGAUAACCAGUUGGGGUUACAUAAGAGAAUCCAGGAGAAACAAUUGAGGCAGAUGACUGUCAACCACAAGAAAGCUUUCACUGGGAAGAUAGGCCCUGAAUGUAAUGAAUUUGGAAUCAACUUUAAUCUAAGUUCAAUCCUUAUUUCAAAACAGAGAGUUAACAUGGGAGAUCGUAAAAUUCAUAAAGAUAGAAAGAUCUUCAAGCAUAAUUUAGAUCCAAUUAAACAUCAUAUACCAUUUGCAGGGAAGAAACAACGCUAUAAAUGUAAUGAAUGUGAGAAAGCUUUUAGUCGACACGAACAGCUUAUUCAACAUCAGAAAAUUCAUCUUGUGGAGAAACCAUAUGAAUGUAAUGAAUGUGGAAAAGCCUUUAGUCGGAGUGCAAACCUUGUUCAGCAUCAGAGAAUUCAUACUGGAGAGAAACCAUAUGGAUGUAAUCAAUGUGGCAAAGCUUUCAUCCAGCGUGCACACCUCCUUCAACAUCACAGUACUCACACUGGAGAGAAACCUUAUGAAUGUAUUGUAUGUGGGAAAACCUUUAGCCAGAAUACACACCUUAGUCAGCAUCGGAGAAUUCAUACUGGAGAGAAACCCUAUGACUGUAAUGAAUGUGGAAAAGCCUUCCGUCAUCUUUCUUCCCUUACUCAGCAUCAGAGAAUUCAUACAGGAGAGAAACCUUAUAACUGUAAUCAAUGUGACAAAACUUUCAGGCGAUGUACAGAGCUUACUCAACAUCUUAGAACUCAUUCUGGAAAUAAGCCUUAUGAAUGUGCUGAAUGUGGUAAAGCUUUCAGCCGGAGUACACACCUUAAUCAACACCAGAGAGUUCAUACUGGAGAGAAACCCUAUGAAUGUAAUGAAUGUGGAAGAACCUUCAGCAGCAGGUCAUCCAUUGCUCAGCAUCAAAGAAUUCAUACUGGCGAGAAACCCUAUGAAUGCAAUGAGUGUGGAAAAUCAUUCACUCGAAGUACAAUACUUGUACAACACCAGAGAAUUCAUUCUGGAGAGAAACCACAUAAAUGUAAGCAAUGUGGGAAAUCAUUUAUUGACAAGUCCUCAAUUUUUCAACAUCAGAAAUUACACACUAGAGAGAAGCCCUAUGAAUGUCAUGAAUGUGGGAAAUGCUUUAGUCAGAUUUCAUACCUUAUUCAACAUCAGCGAAUUCAUACAGGAGAGAAACCCUAUGAAUGUAAUUAUUGUGGGAAAGCCUUUGGCAAUAGAUCAUCCAUUAUUCAACAUCAAAGAAUUCAUACUGGAGAAAAGCCUUAUGAAUGUAGUGAAUGUGGGAAAUGCUUUAAUCAGAUUUCAUACCUUACUCAACAUCAGAGAGUUCAUACUGGAGAAAAACCUUAUAAAUGUAAUGAGUGUGGGAAAGCUUUCAGGUGGAGUACACACCUUACUCGGCAUCAAAAAACUCACGUGGAAGGGAAACUUCAUAAAUAUAAUUAGCAAGUAUUCAUUAAGCACUAUUUAAGUAGCAAUUUUAUGUUUGUGGUAAAAUACAACUGUUAAAUAAGACAUGAUUCUUGCUCUAGAAGAGCUCACAAUCUAGAAGGGUAUGAUAAGUCUAAAUAGACAACAUAAAUUAAAAUGGAUUAAUAUCCUCUUUUGGUAUGGGAAACCAGGGCAAUAGAGGCAUUAGGGUAUAGUGGGUAGAUCUCAUUCAGGAAGCAUAAUCCUAGGGGCAGCUCAUCCAAGAUGGGGUGAGAAAAAAAUCAGAAAUUGUGAACUAGGUCAGAUCUACCUAGAUAAACAAAACCAAAACUAUGAAACAAGUACCAGGUGAGUAGGUACUAUUGUAACUUAUUUGGAGGGAAGAGCUAAAAAUUGCAUAUUUAAAGCAGGUAGAAACAAUGAGACAAUGAUGGUGGACCUGGUGUCCUUGAUGAUGUGGUUUUAUGAGAUGCAUGCAUUCCACUUUGGCAACUGCUGAAGAGUAGAGUUUCCUCCUCUGUUUAUGUUAAACUUUGGGGAAUGUUGUCUUCCAACCGCAGCCUCCAAAAGACUUCCAGAUAUUUUCUUCAAAACAUAUUACAAAUAUCUUGUUCCAAACUACUCAAAAUGAGAUUACCAGUUUUUGCACCAUAUGUGUAGUACCCUAUAUGCUUUUAUCUUUGACUCUAUCCCUUCAACUAGGUUCCAGUGCUUAAAUUGAGAAAGGAGAAGAAAUAUUAUUGUACUACAUAUAUUGUAGAGGGAACUCCUAGGGCAGGAGAAACCUGUUUGAUCAUUGGUGUUGAAGUUACUUGUGGGUCUAGAGUUUUGAUAAAUGUUGAUUUUCUUCACAAAGGAUGUUGCCAUAAUGCUACUGGUCACAUAGUUGGGGGAAGUGGGGCAAAGCUGCAUUAAAUUAGCAUGAUGGUCAUCUAUACAUCAUGUUCAUUGCAAAAGACUUGGAAUAUUGUGGAACAAUUUUAAAAAGGGCCCUUAAGAUGAUUUGAAAACUGAAGAAAUGUUUUCAAGAGCAAAAUGAUUGUGCAUUUGCACAGAAAACUUACAAAGAACUUUGUUUUGUUGUGCAUGCCCUGCAUCACAUCUUGCUGAUUCAAAGCUCUUACAAUAAACUAUAAUGUGGGUUUUUCUGCUGGUAUUACAAGGAACUGUGGAAGUAGCUGCCAGUCAAGAUGCCAGCAAGACUUAAGUAGAAUGAUUUUAUUCUAGAGAUCAUGAAAGAAUCAAAGCAGAACUCCUUGACUUCAUUAACAUAUGAAAAACAACAUAAAAUAGUGUUGUUAAAGUAGAUUUCUGGGCUUAUUCUAGGAAAUGCCCAUGAAGUAUCAGGCUUGAGAGAAAUAGGACUAUUUAUUUAAUUGGAGUUGCUUUCUGAUCUUCAAGAUAAACUCUUGAUUAUUUGCUACUAAAGCAAAGAUGAAAGAUGAGUAUUUUUUAAAAUAAGAUUUAUCUAGAGUUUGUAAAUUAUUUUAUUUUUUUGUUCAAAAAUGAGCAGGAAACCAAGUAUUCAUUUGACUCUAGGGAUCAAAGUACAAACUGAAGUGAAUGAUUUUAGCCAACAAAUGUAUCCAUUGCUUACUUGAGAUCAGGAUGUUCUGGUUUAAAAUUCCACUUCUGAUACUGUAUAGAUAGCCUCUGAGGUCCUUUCCAUCUCUAGAUCUGUGUUCCUGUGAUCAUCCUACACUGUAUGGAAGAAAUUAUUAGCAAAUGAGUUUCUGAUAAUCAUCUCUGUGAGCUGAUCUAUAUUAAUAGCUUUCUAGAAGGAACUAAAAUGUAUAGAAAACCUAUGUGAGAAGUGUAGUUGUUUAACUGUGGUGUUUUGUCUUUCAGAGAGAAAUUACCUGAAAAAUAGCUACCUCCAACUCCACUCAAGUUUAAGAGACUGAAUAAAUAUCUAGGGAUUUGAGUAAUGGCUAUGAGUCACUUUGUAUCAGUUAAUGCUGUAUAAAUAAAAUAUAGUUGGCUAGAUAUAUGGUAGGCUAAUAAUCAAGCUUGAGAGCUAAAUCAGAUGAAAAAGUUCUAUAGUGUCAAGUAGGUUUUAGGAAUUCCUAUGAGAGAGAAAUGGGAUUGUAUAUGAAUGAGGUUAUAAUGAAUAAGAAAUAAAUGAAGUUAGUAGUAACUAGCACCUUUUUUCUAGUUUAACCUCUGACCUUUGGAAAUUAGUGUUUAGCGUGGAAAAAAAAGGACGCUAGCAUGCCUUGCCCUCAUCCCUUAGUCUGUUACGAUUAUGCUGCUUAUAAGUUCCAAUAAGUAUAUUAAAAAGAAGGAAAAAAUUCUGUGGAAUCAACUGAGGGAGAGAGAAUCUCUGGCUAAGAUAAUCAAGGAUUACUUCAUGGAAAGGAGGCAAUAUUUGAGAGCCUUAAAAGAUAUAUAAGAUAGGUAGAAGGUGUUCAGCUUCAAAAAACACUAGAGUACCUACUACAUGCAGGUACUUAAUGUCAAGUUAUGGGAGACUUUCAAAGGUUUUAAGUAAAACUCCUCUACCUCAAAGGGGUUCACAGUUAGAAAUAACAUGAUCAAAGUCAGAUACAGAAAAGAGUAAGAUGAUUUCAGGGAUGGUGAAUCACCCAGUUUAACUGAAACACAGUAUGUGAAAUGAUAAAAAGGGAGUUUGAAUCAGAUUGCAAAGGUCUUUGAAUGCCAGGCUAAGGAGUUUGGACUUAAUUUGUAGGAAAUGUAGUGUUCUUAAAAGGUUUUAGUGAUAAACUGAUACAAUCUGACAUUUGCAUUGGAAAAAUGAAUUAGAUAAUUGUAUGUAGAAUGGGUUGAAGUAAAGAAAGACCAUUGCAGUGAUUUGGAUGAGUGGUAAUAAGGGUCUGAAGAAGUAGUAAUACAGAUAGGAAUUGGUGGUUAAUUUGGAUGUGUGAGAAAAGGGAGGGAUCUGUUAACACUUAAUAAAAUGGUGAUAUUGACAACUUAAAUGUGAUUUAGCUCUCAGAACCUUCUAGGAUGCAAACUGGGGGCACUUUCUAAAUCUCUUCUGUUGUGACCAGGUUACCUGCAGUAUUUUUUAUGCUUCUACAGACUGAUAUCUGUAUCCCUUAUCAUAUAAUGUUCAGUGGAGGGCACAGGAUUUUCCCCUGCAAUGCUACUCCUGUAAGGGAUUAAAUCUCAUUUUUUUGGCUUUGAUAACUCACACAUCCUGUUCUUACAGAAGAUUCCUUCCUUAGUCUCCAAAUUUAUUCCUAGAUAUUUAUACUUUGUUAUUCUUUGGCCUACAGUAAGACUAUAACUUAAUCUUUUCACACUGCCAUUAACUAAUGCAGUUAAAAUUUGGGGAAACUUUUAAGGAAACAUUAGAAAUUUCAGUGAAGAGUAGCCAUGAAAAAGAAGUGAAUAAAUGCAAUACUUCUUGGCAGAAGCUGUUAGCUUCUGAGCUUAUCUGGUUAUGGAUAAGAAAAGAAAAAAGAGAUUGAUUAGUAGCAUUUGAAAGGUGCUUCCUAAUCUUUUCCUAAUUCCAAAUGCCAGAAAGAUUUUCUGAUCAAUUAAGAGUUGUCUGGAUUCCUUAACUAGAGCUAAUAGUACUUCCAGCUCCAUGCUCCUGAAUUUCUAAAUGAAUAAACCCAACAUUUACCUGAUAAUUUCCCAUUUGUUGAAAACUUCCCUACAGUGGCAGCACCAUUGUUAAUAGAAAUGAACUCCUUAUUGAAUGAAUAUUUUAUCACUGGAUUUCUUUUUUUAUGGACCAUUCUUCAAAUAUUUCUAAAAAUAGUAGGGCUCUGCAGUUAACUUAUGGCUUGCCAUCUGUAAUCUCUUCCUAAGUCAAGGACUUUAUCAGGAAUUCUGGAAGGCUAUGUCUUGCAGUCUGUUACCUUAGUUCUUGCUUUUGGACUUGAUUACAGAAUUAUUAUCGUCCCAGGGUGAGGGUAACAUUCUGGUCACCGUAGAGGCUUUUGACUAAAAUGGUAGGUUUCCACUGCUUCAUAACCAGUAUAAAUAGUCUUUCAGGAAAUAAUUUCAUUUCAAGGCCUGUUCUAUGUUUUGUUUUUAAUCAUGGACCAUAAUACAUUUUUUAAAAGAAUUAAAAUGAAUAUUUUAUCACUGGAUUUCUUUUUUUAUGGGCCAUUCUUCAAAUAUUUCUAAAAAUAGACAAUUCUUUUUUCCAUCCUAUACAUUAAAUUUCAUCUUUCUAUCAAAUACCACUUUUUUCUCCCUUUCAUCCUGGACUAACAGCCAGCUGGAGAGAACCGGCUUUACCUUGGAGCAGAUCUUCAGUAUUAUCAUUAGAACAAUUGUCUCUUAUUAGCUUUUGCUAAAAAUCUGUUUGAGCAGUUCAUUUAUAUUUCUACUCAGAACACAAAGAUUUCAUGCAAUUCUUUUCCUCAUAUUUGACUCAUACCAUUAUUUCUGCAGGCAAAACCUACUUGGAUAAGUUAGAAGUUGCUUUCUUUCAGUUGUAAGAUCUCCUAGAUCUGUCUGAUCAGUUAUUGACCACUUGACCUCAGUGCUUUCCUCUAGUUUGGUUGCACUCUCUCAAACUUUCAUAUUAUCUGACUCUCUCAGAAUCUAGAUGUCAGGAACAUUGGGUCUUUCCUAAUAAUGUGAAUGGUGGCUUUCCAAGUUAAGUAUCCUGCUGUCAUGUAUAUUUACCCAGUCUGAUAUCAUUCUUUCUUAAGAUCCAAUGUCUCUAGCCCUUAUAACUUCAUACUCAUACUAGUAUGUAGUUUUCACCUCUGGAAUCCAUAUAAGCCUUUAUUUUAUGGCCUAUGGGUAUGUGAUUGGAGGAACUUACACCAACACAUUUUGAAAGGGAAUCUGCCCCCCAGAAAGUCUUUGAGACAAAUCCUUGAUCUUAUAAAUCCACAGAAUUCAAGAAUGGAAAGGGACUUCAUCCUUUUGGCUUUGAUAGAUUUUGCAUCCUGUACUUAUUGCAGACUCCUGCCUCUGUCACCAACUUCGGAUGGUUUACUUUGUUAUGCCUUGACCUACAGUUAUCAGUCAACUCAAUCUUUUCACAGACUUCUUUAUACAUUGGCGAUUUCAAUGAAGAAAAGCCAUGAAAAUGAAGGAAAAUCAUUAGAUUUAUCCAGUCGUUAAAUACUCUGGAGCCUAGACGUUAUUGUUCAUUACUAAAUAUGGUUCAGAGAUAAAUGUGUUUAAUCUUCCCCACCCUUUUUCUUCUAUUUUCCUUCACUAAAGACACUAAUUACUUAAAAGUAGCAGUGUACUGAUCUGAUUUCUCACCCACUAAAUUUCAAUCUUCCUAAAAAUCCAUUUACAGAAAAUUUAGUUUUCAUAAUGAAAUUCAUAUAACAAAAUAUUUGAGAAGAAUUGAAAUGAUAGUCCUUGUAUUUACUUGAAAUGCUUCUGUAAAUUAAGACUUUUAUCUAGGAACAAUUAAAAUAGGAUGUCAUAUUUUUGACAGGGGCCCACUUCUUUAUAGAAAUAACAAAUACUUUUUAAGCUAUGUGGUAUAAGUAUGAUAUCAAGCUUUAUAACUGGUAAUUAAGUAAAUCAGUGAUGUUCUAAGUGUGGUUACUUUAUCCACUGAUGUAGAUCAAAAUAUCUUUAUUUACCUUCUUAUAUAGCCUUUGUCUAUAUUUUCCCAUGAAUCCUGUUCUCUCGGCCUUACUUGGCUGUGGGAUUUACCAAGGAUUGUGACUGAAUCUCCCAUGACUAGGGAGCAUUGUGUUCUUGCAGUAACAAGAAAUCUGGUUUUGAAGUUAAGGAUCUCUAUUUCUUUUUUUAGCUUGACUACUUGCUACCUGGACAAUUGCUUUCAUUUCUCUGGGCCUCAGUUGCCUCAUUUUCUAAAGUGAGGGGACUGAAUGCCUCCUAAGUAAUUCACUAAGUUUUUUUUUUUAACUUUUAAUUUGUGAUCCUUUGUCACAGCCUCAUGAAUAUAAUCUGCCCAACUGGGCAGACCAAGAUGAGGAAGCAGACUUUAACAACAAAAUCUGUUAGAGACUAGAAGCAAGAAUUGAAUUUUAUGGUCAGGAAGACCACCAUUGCAGUAGUAAGUAUGAAAUCGAAUAUAAGACUCAAAGAAACAUUUCUAGGGAUUAGUAGAUUAGCAGUAGGAGCAAUUAGAAGCAAGUCAAAUGAAAGAAGAAAAUCAAGUGAAAGUUCAAAUACUAGAAAUCCUGACAAGAUAAGCCUUAACAAAAAAUUCAUGCAGAACUUUCCAAGUUCUGCAAAUGUUUUAUACAUAUGAUAAAUCUUCCCCUCUUAUAUAUAUGAUAAAUCAUCCAGCAGAGGAGCGCCUCAUUCCAGUGGGGGGUAUCAGCCCACUAUAUGAGCUUCCUCCUAAGAAAAAUGAAGGGGCCAGGGCUUAGUGGAAUUGUACUGGUUCAAGGCUUUCAAUUAGGAAACAGAAAAUUAAUAAGUCAUUUCCCAGAUUGUUUUCAUCUAAAUCAUAUUCUUCCUCCUUACCUCUAUCAUGUGUUGGAGAGAGAUAGACUCAUAGAAUUAGAGAUGGGUCUUGGGGCCACAAGCAUAGACAUUGAGAGCUGUCAAAAGGGCAAGCCUGGAUUUAUGUGUGUUCAGCCUGCAAGACUUGAAUUGAACUUGGGAGUUCCAAUAGAUAUCCAGUGGAUACCACCUAUAUAAUAUGGAAGGGAUAUAAGAUCUGGUAUCCACUGUUAUUAUUAAAGAUCUGCCCAUGAAGAGAUUAUUCAUAUUUGAUUCCUUAAAUGUAUGAAUUCUGUAGCUGUCAGCCUACCAUUUAAAUGCAGCUUUGGCAUCUUAAAGUUUUUGGUCACUCUAGGCUGUUUUCCAUUCCUCAAAGUUGAAUUUUGGGUAUGGAAUGGGAAUUAGUGGACAGAAGUUCUUUCUGGUUGGUUAAUUGGAUUGUGACAAGCAAUGGAGAAGUUAAUCGUUUUUUUUUUUUUAAAAUGGUGAUUUAUUACUAUCAUUAAAAGAGCAGUACACAUAUCUAAAAAGUAAAUUCAAAACUAUAAUUAGUUUUAAUUGAAUUGUCCAGGAUAUACCCAAUGAGUUUGGCCUGAUUUCUUAAUUCUGGUAUAUAUGACUGGAGAAGAUUCUCAUUUGGAUUAGUCAAGUUCUUUGAUCAUUUAGGACUAUUUUCAACAUGAGUGCAUGGUUAAAUAAGUGCCCUCUUAAUGUCACUGGUUGCUAUAUGUAUACUCGUGUGCUAUGAACAGCAUAGGGUUUGAUGGAUGAUUAUCUGUGGCCUUUGAUUUGGAUGACCAUUGAAUUAUUUCUUGGCCCACCAUAAAGCCUGAAUAGGUGCUUUCAACAUUACCACACAAUAAAUUGAUCAUCCAGCAGAGGAGAGCCUAGUUUGGGAGACUGUAUACUUCUGUUACAGGAGAAAGAAGAUUAAGAUUCUGCCACAAGUACACGCUGCCCUGAAGAGCAGGAAUCUUGGUGUACAUGGAAUAACAAAACAGUUAAAUCAAUUUGAAGCUGCUUGACCCUUUUCCAAAGAAAAUCAAAGCUUGUUGGCAUCUGGGAUGCUAUACUAUCCAUUUUGAUGGCUAAUAUUUGAAGAAUUGAAGGAAUUUCAACCCCUGAAAGACCUUAUAUCAUCAUACAGAUCCAGAUAAUCAGUGUCAUGGAGAAGCCAUAAUGGAGAAAGGGGCUUUUUUCCUCAUUUUAUGUGCUUGUUAGCACUCAUUGGCCUAGGAGUCAGGUCUGAUCUCAUUGGACAGUUUCAGAGUUGAGUCAUACCUCAGCAGGGAGGAAGCUCCUUGGAUGGACGGGGCUGUGAAUCUUAACCUGGAUGGCGGUGAACAGGACAGAAAAAAAAUAUGACACAGUCCUUGUUUUGACCAUCAGUCUAAGGAGCAAAGAUAUUCCCAAUGUGAUGCUGUAUACAGUGGGAAAGCUAGUUCAGAGUUUGAAGUGAUGAUCUUCAUGAUAAUGGGACCAAUUUGUAUCAUUUUUUGGACAAUGGCACUAGUUUCUACCACUGUCUUUUGGGUGGGAACAAUUCCCUUGUCAUGGAUUUCCAGGGAAAUCACAAGCUUGGUAAUUAUUGACUUCAUGGGGUUUCCUAAAAGAAGCCUUUACUCUGGUAUAGAAUUAUUAAAACUCAUUUGUAAUACUCAA